AUGAAAGCUGAAGUCAGAAGAUGUCGUCGAUGCAAGAGAAAGAGACUUGAAGACGAACCCCUUGAGGUCAGACAGUACAAGACAUGUGCCAAAUGUCGUAUUAUCGAGAGAAACAAGAAGAAUCUGAGAAAGCCGUUGGCUGAAGAAACGAUGCUUUAUGGAUUGAAGCAGUUUCGUGAACAACUGACCAACGAAAACUUCAUGGAAGAAGAAGGUCUUUUGAAGGAUGAGUUUUUUCGUCGUUUCCAUAAAAAGCCGUUUAACUACGAAGCUGAACUUCACGAAGUUCUCAAUAAUCCCAACUAUGUCAGUCCCGUCAUCAACACUGAGCCUGAACCGGUGAAUAGCCAUUUUUCGUUGAAACAGGCUGCAGCUGUUACGCAACAGUUUUCACCAACUCCAGUACCCCAAACUCAGACGGAGCCUCAAAAUAUACUCGUACAACAACAGCAACACCAACUUCACCAGCAGCACCAGCAACAUCAACAGCGGAUACCUGUCUCACAACCUCUCCAGAUCAAGCCUCAGAAUCAGUACCAGCCUUUCAAGCCUGUAAAACAACACCAAAACAUCCCUACACUUGAUGCACGUCAGUAUAAGCCAAAAAGACAAGAAAUUAGUACCGUUUAUGAGGCAGAAAAAGAUGAAAACAUCUUUGCCGAAUUGUCCAAAUUAGGUAAUAAGGACGAGUUGAACCCAUUGUAUGCCAAUUCGAGCGACGUUGACCCUUACCACUACCGAAAUGUCUAUGAUGACUACCAACAAUUUUUGCUUGCUCUAUUGAACAAGAGGCAGAAGGACGAAAAAAUAACCAACUUGGUGUACUUGAAAGAAUUUGAUGCCGAGUUUGCUCUUCAUUUGGGCAAGUUUGAUUCAACGCUUACUUCAAAGGAGAAUAGCCAUAUUCUCUCAGCCAGAUUCGGAGAAAGACAGUUGAGAACAAAUUUGUUGAACAACUUGAGAUCUCUUUAUCUCGAGCAGAUCAUUGCUAUCAUGAAUGUUCCAUACAACCAGGAGUCAUCUAAUUUAGUGGACUUCAAGAGCUCCAAUUCUCUUAAGAACUUCUACACUUUCAGCUAUCCUGAUGUGAACAAAACCGUGGCUAACUUCAAGGAGUUAGUUAAAAUAAAGAACUCGUCCAUAUACAUGAGUUUCAAUAGAAUGUACAACUUGUUGAUAAUCAAGGUUAACCACCAUUCUUACACUCCAAGCUCUCAGGUAUACAGCAACGAGUUCAAAGAGAAGGUUUCUGAUGUGUUCAAGAAAUUACAAUUUGAAAGAUCGCUUGCUCCAGCUCCAGGAACUCCUGCUUACGUAUAUUCUGCCAUCGACUACAACUCCUACACAGCGCAAUUGGUGUAUGAUAAAUUGUUCAGUUUCCUCGAUGUGUACUCGGAAUCGUUACAGAGCUUUAUAAAAUCGUUAAAGAAGGAAGAUUUCAUUGCAGAUUUUGUUAACUUCAACACCGCGCUCAAGUUGAACGAAGAAGAAGAGGAAGACGACGUUGACAUGGAUGCUAGUCAUAACCAAAAUGACGACGAAGAUGACGACGAGGAUGAAGAGGACGACGAAGAAGACGAGGACGACGAUGACGACGAAGAUGAGGAUGAAGAUGAGGACGAUGACGAGGACGAACACGAACUUGAGGAAAAACAAGAAAAGUCUGCGGUCAAUGGAGAAGUACAUGUUCAAGAUGGUGAUGAUGAUGAUGACGAGGAAGAAGAAGAAGAUGAUGAUGACGAAGAGGAGGAGGAUAGUCAAGAUGAACCAGACGUUGGUGCCGAACAGGAAAAGAGUGUUGGUGAACAUGUCAAACCACAAGAUGGUGUUGCUACAGUUGCAACGAAUGGUGUAAUAGCACCAGGUCCGGAGAUCAGGCUUAUUGCUGAAGUGACCGGAGAUGCAACCAAGGAGUCGACUGCUGAGUUAGUUGACCCUGUGUUUAAACCAGAAACGAUCCAGUAGAGCUAGAUACAGCUAGCGAAGAGGAAGUGCAUAGCAAUGUUUAACGCAUAAAUGUAUUACUAGUAGAUU